AUGACGGAAUACAUUAAAUUCAAGGACUGGGACAAAGAUGAUUUUCGGUACGCCGAGGAGCGUAUCCGCGUGACGGCAGUAAUCCAAUCGGUCUCUGCAGAGCGAGGUUUUAGCCAUGCAACAGUGCAGAACAUGUUUAUCAGGAUUGGGCUUGUUGAGUUUGCCUUCGUGAUUAUCCAUUUCCAGAAGAAAGAGUGGGUGGAAGUUGGGAGUUCAAGGCAUGUCCCAGCAAGGGUUUAUUUCACUGAAGAUUGCGAGCUGCAGGAAAUAGAGCCGAAUCCGGAAUGGGAUGCAGAAAAGAAUUGA